GAUAGAUCGCGCGAUCCAUUUGUCAACACAACGAGGGGUAUCCCUUGCACAUAAGAGAUACGCUUCCCCUUAAACUGCUCUUCCCGCAGUAAAUUAUGUUUCCGUAUUUUUGGGCUUGAGACAUGAAUCUGCAUAGUUCAAUGGUUUUCGUUGUCUCGAGAUGCUAUGUUUCAAUGUCGCGCUCUUGUAUUUCUUCCUCUUGUUUAAGCCCGCAACGGCUGUGCAGAUCACGAACACAAAUUACGAUGGAAUCCAAACAGGGAGACCGUUUACGGUCACUUGGACAGGUGCAUCGGGCUCGGUGACAAUGUUGUUGAGGAUGGGCAACAGCACCGACCUCAGUAAAUUAAAUGCAAUGGCCAUUUGGGUUGAUUUGACAGGGCCGUCCUUCGUCUGGACUCCUGGACCCAUCCUUCCCACCGGCCCAUAUCGAAUAGAACUUGCGGACACAGCAGUUGAGCCAGUGUACUCACCUCAGUUCCAGCUCACAAAUGUCCCUGUCACAACCACAUCGAGCUCUACCAUCGCAUCCCAAACAAGCGCAUCCAUAUCACGAUCCUCAGACUCGACACUAACACCAUCCACCCCUUCCACCGAAAUACAAACUUCAACAGCAACAUCAUCAAGCACAGCGGCAGACAGCUCCGCAGCACAGAUGGGCACACCAACACGGCACCAGCAAAAGACAGCUAUAAAAGUAGGCGUCGCCAUAGCCUUUCUCUUCCUCAUAGGUCUUACAACCUAUUUCGCCAUCUCCCUCAUCCGGCAGCGGAUCGCGCGCAAAAAGCGUCUCUCCCAAAUUUCAACAUCAACAACUCCACCGCAUGGAGAUGGUGUCAUCCCCAAAGAUACAGAUCUCGAGCACGGGCGAGGAGCAGAGAUGUCAGGCGCGUUGGAUAACGCAGGAAGUGUCAGCGCUGGAGUCAGCAGUCCGACGACGACGACGAUUGGUAGUAGGAGGACGAGCACGAGGCCAACGACGGGCAGUGAUAUUGAAAUGGCGGAUGUGAUGGAGGUGGAAGGGUCGCAACCAGAGCCAGAGCCGGUCGAGAUCGGCAGUUCUGGAUAUGGAAAGGAGAUGAGUGGACAGGAGAAGGAGAAGGCGGUUGAGAUGGAAGCGAAUCAGAGGAUUAGGUUUGAGGAGAGGAAACGACGGCGAAGGGGGGUGAGGUUGAUGGUAGGGAGGACGAAGGUUUUGUUUUAGCGUAUAUACAUCAAGAAGAAAAAAAUGGGAAAAUUAAUUUGAAUAGCCG